AUGGAACACCUGAUGUACCUGUUUGGUGACGUUACUUUUCCACCUUUGUUUAAUUUGCCUGUAGCUGGAAGAGGUACAUCGCCAGGAAGCAGUCGGAACAGUAGUUCCGGUGGCUACUCGUCAUGCACCACUCCGGAAGUUGAUGUUGUCGCAUUUACACCUCGUCCGGAACCAGUGAACGAAGAUGAUCAGAAGCGUUAUUUUUGUCAGCGAUGCUUAAAUCAUGCUCAGGAACAUCCUCGAAAAGGACAUAAACCUUUUUGCCAGCACGUUAUCGACGUUUACUUUUGUUUUUCUGCAACUUUUUAA